GGGGGACCGGGAGCGCGCGGGCCGUGGUCAGCUGCAGCUGCCGCCGCAGUCGCACGAAGACGCGCGGCGCCUCGCCUUGUCGAGGCGGCCUCCCGGACAUGUUGUACACGUGCAUUCGAACACUUGCCGAAGAUUCCUCUUCCAGUGAUAACCGUUGUAAAUGUUACCCAAAAACCGCGGAAACAACACUGCAAGUUGAGCAGCAUCAUGCAGUGGUUGUGGCGGGAUCUUAUUGUGACAUAGCGUGUCAGCUUAGCUUUGUUUGAAUUUCGGGUUAACAAGAUACUCUCUUGCGGUUUCGGAUGCGAGCGGCACGUGGUCAAGACGAUGAUCGAAUCGAGCAACGGUUGGAUGCGAGGUGCUUCAGCGAGUGAGGUGGUUGAUGCCUACUAUGAAAACCUGUGCACGUUUCGUGAAGGAGACGACGUGAUGUGGCUACCGGUUCAGCUGAAAACUAAACUGUGUGAACAGACACCUCGGUCUGAUACCAUGCUACCAUCAGAUGUGGUGUUAUGGCUUUUCGAAUUGCGCCAUUGCACUCAUUUGUACGAAAGUUUGGACCACCCGGAAUUAACCACGUAUCGCGACAGUGAUCCACUUUGCAUCUGCAAAGAGAACCUCGAGUAUUCCGAAAUAGAACCUGGUUUCAAGAAUACGUAUUCACGCAGUGAUGAAAUAAGUGUGGAUGACAAUGUGCAUGUAGAAACGCACGUUAGCCUGAUUUCUGAAAGUUGUAAUGGCUCCAUUACCUCUGAACAGCAGCUCCGUAACAGAAAUGCAAAUGUUAAUGCUUUGUGUUUGAGCUCUGUCCUUGAAGGAAAUAAACGUUUUGACAAAACUAUAGUGCAGCAGACACACGAGAAUGUUUAUAGCAAUGUGUACGAAACUAAUACGACUCCAGCACUCGGCUUUGGCGAUACAUCGUUGUUGGACAGAGGGAAUGUGAGACAGCUGAUGUGGCGAGCUAAUCCAGUGUACCGCGUGCUCCCCAAAAGUGAAACAAGCAACACAUUGGCGGUGAACAGGAGCGGAGGGGAUGCGAAAUUGAGGAAGUUGAGCGAGGAGGGAGCGACCGCGCUGGGCCGCGAGAUGAACGUUGUUAGUGUGGUGCAGGAUGUUGAUAGGUGCAGUUACUGUGGUGUGGCCAACUUUCCUGUUGAUAAUGCCCUGGUCGACCAAGCGCCAGAGCAGUACGAUAACGUAGCCCCGGACGAAUUCUUUGUUGUACCUCGUGCACGCAAGAAUAAGACCUGGGGGAAAAAAUAUGUUAGCUUACAAAAUGCAGAUGAGGUACGAGGAAUAUAUUGUAUACAGGAAAGUGCUGCAGAUUCGGAAGAGUUGUCUGCCAGCUGUGAUGAUAAUCAAGAAUGUGCAAAGAAAAUUUCUGUGGAACACCUUGGAAAUUUAACAAAUGACAAUGUAAGUGAAAAUGGUAGUAUAAACGAAAUUAAUUUUAACAUUUAUGCGAACUUAGGAAAAUGUGAAAACAUUUCUAAAAAAGUGAACUCUGCUAGCGAUGUUACGUGUAGUGAUAUCAAAACUAUAGGUUUUUGUGACUGGUUGUGGGAUUCCACUGAAAAACUUUCAGCCAAGCAUAUUUUGGAUAGUACUUUUAACUGUGAGGAUCUUGUGAAACACUUUCAAGACAUUGUUUUUACACUAGAAAUUAUGGAUGGUAUCACCCAAUGCGAAAUAAUUUCUGUGUCUGUAGAAGAUUCUGAUUUAAACAGCAUAUUUGAUGAAGUAGAAAAUUUGGCAGAUGAAGUUUUGGGAGAGUGUAAUAUACAAUCAAAAAUAGUCAAGGGACUGCCACUAAAAAAAAGUCACAUAGUGAGUUGUACUAGUUCAGACUUAUCAGAUGACGUGUUUUUCACCUCAGUUGGCAGUGAAUAUGCAGAUAGUGAAUGCAAUGGGGACCCAGAGCCCCACACGUCGGGCAGUGAGCAGAGACGAGACAUAAACAGUAUAUUUGAUAAUGGAGUCAUGCCUCCUGUCCGUCCAGAACGAAAGAAACUUAAAGUAAAGUUGAGAAACAAGCAUUCCACAAAUGAAAACAUUUCCAAUCGUAAUCAGCAAUUAAAUAGCAGCUCAAAAAUGGAUUGUGAAGAUGAUGUUUCAAACAUCAGCACAUCACCUUUACCUUCUCAAGAAUAUAUUAGUGUAAAUGAUUCCAAAGACUUACUUUUGCUUCAGAAAGUUAGUCUAAGUAGCAAGGAGAAGCGAAGCUUACAUUCACUGUCAUUUUACGAAGAUGCAGAUACUUGUUGUGGGGGCAGCAGUGAAGUUCACACUUGCAAUAUUGUUUCCUUAACCUCUGGGUCUUUGAGAGAUGAAAACUUUGCCAUUUGUGAUGGAGUCUGCAGAUUGUCAACCUCAGCGAUGCCUGUGGAGCUUCAGUUUGGAAGCACAGAUACAAACGUGUUACUUCAAUCAAAACCAGAGUUAUUGAAUGAAGAGUGCUCACUACCAAAUGAUUUGAAUGAAAGUUUUUGCGAGUUGCUCAAUGUGUAUGUGCCCCAGGUAAAGUCAAUAUCAUCGUGUCAGUUUCCACCAGAAGACAUUGAUGAAGUGCCUCUGUCUAAAGAAUCAGUAAUUAAGAUUCCUGGAGACAGUGAUGAAUGUGAUGCUCCCACGGAUGGCCUUUUCUCACUUGAUUCACUUGGGAGAACUCGCAAAGGGAGUGGGUCCAGUGAUAUUGCAGCUUGGAAGCAAGAACUCCAAAAAUCAGUGUUGUCAUGGUUUGAUGAUGAAUCUGAAAAUGAGUGGUUCUCUUCCUUGGACAGUGAAGGCAGAGUUUACUAUUUCGAAGAAAACAGCAAUGAAUCCUCUUGGGCCCUUCCAAGCACAGAUACCGUUAGUUUUAGUAAGACCCAGGAAGCUCUCCAAAUGUCUGUGAUCCCAAAAAAUGAAAAUGUUAAGAAAAAAAGAGAACAAGUUUUAAAAUCUCUUGAGAAUGAUGAAGACUUGCCACUGAGACAUAAACAAGUCUUUACUGAAGAUAUUGUGGAAGAAAUGAGAUCCCAUGGUCGGGUCAGCAAAUCUCGAUCCAUGGUCCUCUUUGAUCCAAAGCAUAAAUCUGGCUUUUUAAAAUCCUCCACAACCAGUGAGUGGCCUCAGCUGUGGAAAGGAGACAUGGUCAGAAGCUUUGAAGGAGAAGAUAUUACACAGAAAGGGACAAGAGGUGUGCUGAAGGAGGGUCCUUUGAACCGUACCAAAAUCACUGAAAAUGGCAAGAGGUUACGCAAGAACUGGUCUCCAGCCUAUGUUGUGCUCACAGAACUGUUCUUGUUGAUCUUCAAGGAUAACAAGGCUUUUGCAGCAAUGAAAAACAUCACUAAUUCUUCUGGUAGCAGUCCAGCUCAUCCAGAACUGUGUGUCGACUUGAACGGUGCACUUAUUGACCACGCCAAUAAAGAGUCGAGUCGCAAAAAUGUGUUCAUCAUCAGCACCGUCCUGGGAUUGCAGGUUCUUCUGCAGUCUGACAAUGCGCAGCUUGCUGAAAAAUGGUACCAAGAGAUUGAUAGAGCAAUCAAACAUUUGCCUUCAGGGUACGACAGCUGUACGCGUCCAAAAUUGCUGAAAGAUAGAACAGAAUAUUUUAGGCCAUAUUCUCCAGAUGAUGGAAAGAAAUCAUCUCACAUGAUUGAACGUUCAAGAUCUGUAAAAGUAAGAAAUAAGGAUGGCAGUAGCGAAGACCUCAGUACCAGUGCAGAUGAACGUCAGACGAAAAUUCGUGACCGUCUCAAGAAAUUUUUCCAUAGGAGGCCAACAAAAGAGUUGCUCAUGAAGAAGGGAAUUUACAAGGAUGAACCAGUUUUCGGCCGCCACUUGGCUGACGUGUGCAGCAGUGAAAAUCCCCCCGUUCCAAGGUUUGUGCGACUGUGUAUUGAAGCCAUUGAAAGUAAAGAAGAAAAUAUGAAAGCAGAUGGACUGUACAGGGCUUCUGGAAAUCUCUCUCAAGUUCAGAAAAUAAGACUGCAGGUCGAUCAGAAUAACUUAACAGUAUUGGAACAAGAGGAAGAUGUCCACGUUCUCACGGGAGCCUUGAAGCUGUUUUUCAGGGAAUUGAAAAGUCCUGUCAUUCCAUUUGAAUUUUUUAACACAGCUUUACAAGCUAGCACUAAUUCCAACAAGAAGGAAAAAAUUCAUCAAUUCCAAGUGAUUGUAAAAAAACUCCCAACUGAAAACAGAUGCACUUUGGAAUUCUUACUUCAGCAUUUACUCAAAGUUACAAAGUUCCACAAAUCCAAUCGCAUGCAUAUCUCCAACUUGGCGAUUGUGUUCGGCCCAACCCUGAUGUGGCCGGAAGAGGAAUCCCUCAAUAUGGCUUUUGAUCUGAUGCAACAAAACCUUGUCAUAGAGUGCUUUCUCCAGGAAUUUGAUAACAUAUUUAGGUAAUGCUAUACUGGAAGAAGAGGGACUAUAAAUAUAUGUAUAUGUGCUCAUAAUUACCCACUUUGGCGACGUGUUUAGGCACUUCCCUUGUUUACAGGAAUGUGAUGUUCAUUAUCUGUGUAACUUGUAUCCGUAAUUUAUAUGUAUCUAUUUAGAAAUAUUUGUAUUGUAGUUAUUUCAGCUGUGUUGUGUUUUAGAGUUUACGGAGGUGCAGUACAAAAUAUUAUUCCUGUAAUUUAUUUAAAUGUGAACUGAAUUGUAAAAGAAUAUUCACACUAUUCGUGUUCAUUCCAAAAUGAAAUUAAGUUUUUAUAAAUAUUUUGAGAUACUCCUUUUCACAGUUUCUGAUUUUAGUUCACAAACAUUUCUGGAAAAUGGAUAUUAUAAGGUGAAGCUGUAUUAUAAACUAUUUAUUUAUGGAUGAGUUUCUUUCAGGAUACAAUGUAAUAGGUUAUCAUUGAAUUUUUCGAAAGAAUUUUUUUUUUCUGGUUGAGCAGUACAUAGUGCCUCUUGUAUAGUACUAAUAAAAUUCAGAUUGUAAAUUCUGUAAUAGUACUUCUGAAUUUGUCGAGAUGUAUAUGAGUUUAAUAUUGCAUUAUGCAUUAAAAAAUGCAAAACUGUAAUGAGCUAAGUAAGUAACAUGAAUUACUGUUGUAUUGCUUCAAAAUUUUAAGUUUAAUACCUUUUGCAAGAGUGAUUUAUAAACAAAAAUUAUUUUAUAAAAUUUUUUAGUGAUAUGUAAUAAGCUUUACAAAGCAUAUCCUUUUCCUGAGAUAUUUAAUUUUUUUACCUCUUGCAUCUGUGCUUUUUUUGUGAUGACAUUCUGAAUUUAGUUUUCACAGAAACUAUUUGCUUUUAAACUUAUUGUUUUACAAAGAAAAAUAUAAAUUGAUGUCAUUUCAAUACCAAGGAUGUAUUUCCUUUUUUUUUUUUCUAAAAUGUUUGAUAGUAACUUGAUAAAAAACAUUGCAUUAACUGAAAGUUUACUUCCUUUCUAACUUUUGCACUAAAAUUUUAUAUUGAAUCCUUAAUCAUAAAUAUAAUUUUAUAUUUAUGGUUGAUGUUUUUGUGCUCACAAAAUAAAAUAGUCAUGAACAGUUAUAAGUAAUAGCAUUAAGAAUAUCUUUUAAUGUGUAAUUUCCAUUAUGUGUUUUUGGUGAUGUAAAUACAAACAUUUUUAACUCUUACAUCAUAAACAAAGUGAAAGAAAGGAAAUUUUAUGAACUUCCAUGCAAAAUCAUAAAAUUUUGAUGGCAUUUUAAUUUCCUCAAAGUAUAAUUUUUUUUACAAUAACUCUUGACUAACCACAGGUGGAUUAUCCAGUUUGCAGCUUAACACUGCAGUUGUUGAAUAAGCUUAUUUAAAUAUAGCAUUUGCCAAAUUAUGUACAUAAUAAAAAAGUUAAUGUUAGUAAAAAAUUCCAUGAACAAUAUCCCUUAAAAUAUUCUAAUUUCUUUGAAAGUGUGAGGCAAAGGAUCAAAAUAAUUUUCCUUUUCAUUAUCACUAAAAUUAAUGACCUGGUAAAUAUUUAGCAAAUGCACACCAACUGGUCAAUGCUGCAGUCUGGUGUGGUGUCAAAAGAAAAAGUGUAUCACAAUUCAGCUUCACAGUUGUUUGUACUAGUGUGAAGCCUGUACCAUUUCCAAAUGCUAUCCGUUAAUAUUUAAGCUAUAGAAUGAUGUAACACAGCAAUAAUGGCUGCAUACCUAGCAGGCUUUGAACACCCACAUGUGAAAUUAAACGUGAAGUUUUUAUGGAGAAACUGCUAACCAAGGCACCACUUUUUUUGUUAAUAUAUAAUAUAUACAUGUUCGUUAAUAAUCUUUCAUAAAAAAAAGCAUUUGAACGUCAGGAUUACUAUUUUAAAGUGAUUAUGAUUUAACCCCUGUUUUCGCAACAAAAGAGAGGUUCCCAACUACACUUGCAACAAUCUUUCAAAAAAUCACUAUCCAGUAAAUUUAUUUCAUAUAAUGUAUUUUCUGAUAAUUUUACAAUAAUUUGUUUUGAAAUAUGAUAUUCAAGGGUGCAUAGCCAGCUCCCUUUAAAAUCACUUUAGGUCUUAAGUUCUGUUAUAAAUUAAGGCAUUUGUAUAAGGGGAUUAUUUAACUGUGGUUAGUAUAGAGUUUACUGUAAUUUUGAAAAUAAAACAUUCUGCCUGAAUCCAUGUUGUGCCAAAUUUCAGACAGAUAAUACCAUAUCAAAUGAAAAAAAUUGUUUUCCUGCAACAUAAUUUUCUUUCAAAUAAGUUUUUUACCAUAUUAAAUGGUAUUUGUCCAACACACACUUCAUGAUCAUGUAGAGAGGUGGUGUUUAUUCUCUGUGUGAUCAGGUUAUCUCAUCACAGUACUGACAGUCAUUAUGGAUUAUAUACAAACAUUUCAGAGAAAAUGUUAAUGCAUGAGUGUGUGAAAAAUUGUUUGGCUGCCAUGUAGGAGCCUAGGUGUAGUUAUUUUGUUGAAAUGUGUCACAUAACCUGUUUGAGAAAGUAAUUCUGUAGAACAUUUCAAGAGAGAACAGAUUCUAGGUUUGGUGAGUAAUAUAGGUAGUGGGGCCUUUAAUUUGCAGAAUGAAGAUGACAGUUUGGUAUAAAAUGGUUUGUUCACAGGAGAUCAUUAGCAUUGAAACAGUUGGCAAAUAAUCAGCCUUAAGUAUUAAAAAUUAAAAUUAGGCUUUAUGCUUUAAUCAGUAUUAUUUAUUUUUGCCAACUUCUCUUUGUGGUUAGUUUCUAUUAAUUUGUAAUUUUUACAGUAGUGUUUAAAACCUUUAUGUAAUUUUUCAUUUUUUUCUUUUCGUUUUUUGCAUGCAACAUAAAAUUUAAAGUUGUACUUGUGUUUUGAAAACAAAUUUAAAAUUUUGAAACAAAAAGUUUAAUUUGUAAUUUCAUUAUUAAAAGAAAAUUAAAUUCAAAAUGUUUUAAGCAUUUUUCAUGAUAUAUUAAAGUAAACUUAAGUAUUUACUAAACAUUCUGCAUACUAAUAGGACAAUCAAUAAACAAUUCAUGUUGUUGAUUAUUUCAAGUGAUAAAUGAAUAGUGAUUCUGCUACAGCUAGGGUUAGCAAAUAGCAACAUUUUUGCUAUUUUUAUUUUAUAUAUUCAAUAAUCAAAACUGGUAAAAAUAUAAUUGAUUUACAUUUUCAAUUUAUUGUUUAUGGGCAGAGAAGCAUUAAUUCCAGGGCUCACUCUGCCGUAAAUAUGUGUUUGAUUAGUGCUAUCCAAUAAUAAUGUGUAUGAAAAAUUGUAAACAUUUUUUCAGGAAGGGCAGCAUGUAUAUCGGUUAAAUUUUUAUCACUGAAAGUUGAAAGACAAUACAGAAAAGAUAUCCAGGGUAAAUGUUAGUGCCUGUGCUUUUGAAAAUUUUUAUUACUUCUUCACAUGACAAAUCCUUCAGCGUGUAUUGUCUUUCGUAAAAUGUGAAAAUACUUUUUAGUUAAAUGCAAAGACAGACAAAUUAAUGUACCUGGAUCUUAGUGGUAUAUUAUGUUCAUUGGUGCUCAGAGUAUCUUGUGGCUGUAUCAAAGAAAGUUGCAUCAAGUAAACAGCUUUAAAUAUAAAAUAGGCAAGUGACUAUUGGUUUACUUUUAUAGACAUGUAUACAUUAAUAUUUCCAAACAUAGUUUAAACAUUGUUGCAUAGAUAUAUAUAUAUAUAUAUACACACACAUUUCCAAAUUUGAUCAUUAUUGCAAAAAAUGUCAUGCAUUUUGAUAGCCAUAAUCUAAUUGAUCAAGGCAUGUAUUGUACACAAUUUUUUUUAAGUUAAAAAAGGUUUGACAAGCUAAGUAACAAAUACAUAAAUAAAUCUCUUUCUGUGAUAUUUAUUAAAAAAUGUUACUUUAUUUAUGAGGGUUUAAAAUGUGCAGUAUUGUUAGAAGGGCUGUUAUUGUAUUUCAAAUAUUUUAAACAGUAUUGCUAUGGUGAGAAUUAAACUCUGUAUUUAGAUACUAUAAUAAAAUAAUGCAGAUUUAUGCAAUGCUGGAAUAAAAUAUUUUGCAUGUGAA